GCCAAUAUUCCGCUUUGGAUUUGAUUCCGGCAAAAUAAGAAUCCUCGUCCGCGAGCAGACAGUUUACAUCUCAGAAGUAAUAAGCAUGUCGUCAACCGCAACUGAAAUCGGCGCGAUCCUUUCCAGCGCGAUCAGAGUCUUGCGUGGUCUCAAAUCAGCCGAAGAAUUGAUCUCAGCUUGGCCCUUACUCUAUCAAAAAGCUCUUCAAAGUCUUCAAACUCUGUCUGAACUCGAGUACCGACUCUUCUUUGACCUGCCUGAUGAAGAGGAGGAGGCCGCCAAUCUUCGUGCGGCGACCACUCUCUCGCGGGAACAGCUUGUUGAGAAAUGCAUUUCCACCCCAAGAGAUCUCACUGACAAGGAACUUGCUAUCACAAAAGAUCGAUUCUAGACACCUCGCACCUCGAAAGAGAUUUCAGCUUCGUUCAAUGCACUGGGAAAUACGAGCCAUGAUGGGAUCAACACUUUUCUUGCUGCUCGUAAUUUAAGCAAAGAGCAAGCUGCUUUUGACGUAAGCAAGAAAGAGGAUAGAAGACGCAGAUUGGCAGUGGAAAACAACGCAUUGAAGGUAGCAGCCCAAGCAGCUCUCCCUUUUGCAAAACCUUGGAUCCAGCAAUUGCAUCAUUCGGGAAAGCCUCAUUGGGGGUUCGUAUGUCUUUACGAUAUUUCUGUUCAACAGCUUGGAAAGGAAAGAAUUGAGGAACUCGAAAGCGCAAUGUACCAGUUUUUUCGAGGAAAUAGAUUGGAUCCAAAUUAUACCUGAUGAUUGAUUCCUCUACGCCAAUAAUAGUAAGACAACAUUUGUCAACGAGAUCUUUGCCAAAACGACACGAAAUCAGGUGCGACGUCCAUUUAGUCUUCACCGAAACUAUGCUCGAAUCAUUCGAUCCUCCUAAAUGCUCGCUGGACGAGUAAUACAUGGUUUACGCCAAUCACGUGCUAUCAAUAUCUGGACCAAAAGUACAGCAACUCUUUUACUUUAGACGGGGUUAUCUCUCUCGGAGACAAUAUGAUAAUCCAUCUUGGAAUAAGGAUAUCAAAGAUGCCUCGUUCUCCUACAUCCAAUCAUUGCUGCACGGAUCCUUGGGACUUCAACAAUAGUAAGUGUGGAAGGACUACUCGUUUGUCAUCCUACACCACUAAAUGACCC